UCGUAAUGGUUUUAAAUAUUUCUAAAGUAUUGUUUUUCUUAAUUACUACACAAUUCGUUUUAAAUAGAGCUUGGCUAUUGGCUCAUACUGGUCUAAAUGAAUCGUAUCGUGUUCUACAUUUAUCAAACCACUUUACGCGUGUUUUUCUUAGUAUAACCGUAAAAAGUCAAACAUUUCCAACUCUUAUUGAGACACAAUGGCCAAAAUCUUAUUUACCUAGUAUAACGCCCAAAAUAUAUCCACAUCGUUUUCUUCACGCCAAUGGAGAUCAUUCAGAUUGUAGUUUGCUACAGCAGGCACUUUGGUCUCAAGUAGAUUCUUUGUCACGUUUGUGGGUAAUGGAUAUAGGAUGGCCAGGUGCUGUCAACUCAGAUGAGAAUAAAUGUAAUCCCAAGUUAAUGGUUUUUGAUUUAUUAAGGAAUGGCAUAGAGGUUCUUCACAUAGACUGUGGCAAAUACAUACGACCCAAUGCUUCUGAAUUAUUAGACAUUGAGCUAGGACCCCGUAUUACCUCAUGCGGCAAUGAAAAAUUCAUUUAUUUCAUCAUAGCCAAUGAUCCUCAUCUCUUGGCCUAUGACAUUUUGGAACAAAAAUGGCAUUAUCGACAACUGAGAAGUAAAAAAUAUUGCACAAUCAGUGAAUAUUUACCCAUUAAACCGCAAGAUAUAGCAUUUGGUAAUAAAGGUGAAAUUCUUAUAUCUGAUGAUGAUGGCAAUUUAUAUUCGGCUGCUAAUGAAAUGAAUCGUAUAGCGAAAAAAUCCAAUUACACUGCUACAGACUCCAUAAUUAAUAUGACUUUAAUGGGUUCGUUAUUGGGUAGAACACGCGGUAUGAUGGUUGAUCCUUAUGGUGCUUUAUUUUAUGUGGUAACUAAAUUUGGUGCUGUAGUUAGAUGUGUCUAUAAACAUAAUAUGACGGCAGAGGAUAGUGAAAUUAUACACAUGACAUCGAAAAAUAUUCAACAGAUUUUCUUUGGUACUGAGGGCUCUGUUUGGCUGUUGUCGGAGAAAUGGUUGAGACCGUAUGAUAAAUGUUUUUCGGGUUAUUAGUUGAUUUCGAAAAUGAGGAUAGUUUAGAGCGAAGAGUAAAUUGUAGUUUUGACUAUAUUACUAUAUACUAGAUAAUUGCUUGAACUAUAAUCCAGAUUAUACUAUAGUCCUGUCUGUAGGCUAGACUAUAGUGGAGACUUUUGACUAGACUAUAGUAAAGACUAUAGAAUAGAUUGUAGACUAGACUUUAAUCCAGACUUUAGACUAAAUAAUAGUUCAGAUUUAAGUCGAUA